ACAACUGGAGAAGAUAGUGGCACAACAGACAGCUGAGCACCAGCAGGAAGAAGUGGAAGAUGCAGCAGAAAUCACAGACCAUGCUCCGGCAGCUGCUUCUCAUCUCCCUGCUUGGACUCAGAUGGACAACAGGGUCUGAAAAGCUGUGCACUCGGAUGUUUCCCUCUCAGCAACCUCCCUCCACAGCUGAUAGCGUCAGACCAUCAGAUGUGGCUGCACUUUCCUUUAUUGGACUUCACGAGCACAGCACUGAACUGUCCACGGUCCUAUCAAAACUCACAGAGUUAAUGACCAUGUUCAAUCCUGAGUUGGUCCGGCACCCCUCAGAUGAAAAAGAUGCAUACAGUCCUAAAUUUCUUCAACAUGACACACUAGUGCAGCAAGCAAAGGAAGUGUCCCUCUAUCUCCAAAGUAAAAAGGACAUUGAUGCCAAUCUAGACUGGAAUUUGGUGCUUCUUUUUGUUCAGGUGGAUAAGCUCUGUGCCUGUAAGCAGGUCCCAUCUGAAAUCAAAAGAGUUGUUGCAGAGGUGGAUGACGCUCUACAGCUGCUGCACUCGGAGCUGAAGCGGACCAUUGUCAGUGUUACAUUAUGGGAUGGAGAGUACGACACCAUCCAGGAAAACAGAGGGAAGUGUCCAUGUGUGGACACAGCCGAGGGGGAGCUCAGGCUUCAGAGGGCCCUCGCCACUCAAGCUCUGCAGGAGUCUUUGGAUGAGCUCCUGGUAGAGAGAGGUUGGUACCAUGACAGAGACGACUUCACGGUCACUUUACAGGACAAACCUUUCAUCAGGGAUCCUUCUUCUGCUGCUAGUGGAACGCCUGACGACGUGACGGUUCAAAUGUGGAAAAACCUGCUGCAGCCGAGUGUUGACCGGCGCGAAAUGGAGGACAAUGGAAAUAUUGUCCCGCCGCCGUGUCCAACGGAGGACCGGCCGUUUUUGAGGACCGAGGGAAACUUUGCUUCAUAUCACCGCAGUGAAGCCGCUCCUCUGACUAAGGAAGUUUCAGGCACAGAGAUGCCCUGUGAGGACCUCGGCCCUUCAGACUCAAUCCCCUCCUCUGUCCAUGAACUCAGGCCUGGAGACAUCAAAGUGGUGGCUGCUGUGGGAGAUUCAUUGACUGCUGGGAAUGGCAUUGCUGCCAGGCCAAACAACAUAUUGGAUGUCUUAAAACAGGACAGAGGUCUAUCCUGGAGUAUUGGUGGAGAUGAAAAUCUCACGACUAUCACCACUCUGCCCAACAUAUUGAAACAUUUCAAUCCCAAUGUGACGGGCUUUUCUGUUGACACGGGGAAGCAGGACACUCCUCAAGCUUUUCUCAACCAGGCUGUGGCGGGAGCAAAGAGCAAGGAUGUACCCUCACAGGUAAAAGCCCUCGUGGCGAGGAUGAAAAACGACUCUAGAAUCGACUUUGAAUCCGACUGGAAGUUGAUCACCAUGUUCAUUGGAGGAAAUGAUGCCUGUGACCACUGUGACAACACACUGCACUCCUCUGUAGAAAAUUAUACCCGCUAUGUUCAAGAAAGCCUGGAUUACCUUCAAAAGGAGGUUCCUCGGGCUCUGGUGAACCUAGUAGAGGUUUUGCACAUCACACCGCUAAGAGAAAUGCACGCGGAAACAUCGCUUAGAUGCCCAACUUGGCUCGUAAAUAUACUGUGCCCCUGUGUUAUCGCGCCAAAGCCCAACUCCGAUGCUCUCCAAAUUUUGGAGAAUAUCAACAAAGGCUAUCAGCGUGGAGUGCAGGAGCUUGUGGAGACAGGCCGCUACGACACCCGCUCAGACUUCACUGUGGUGGUUCAGCCUUUCUUUAGAGAGAUCAUUGUGCCCAGACUGCCGGAUGGCCGUCCUGACCGCUCCUUCUUUAGCGCUGACUGCUUCCAUCUCAGCAAGAAAGCCCAGAGACUGAUGGCUCGCUCCCUUUGGAACAACAUGCUGGAACCUCUGGGAAAGAAGACCUUCAAACAGACGUUUGAUGCAUCUGUUCAGCUGAAAUGUCCUACCAAGGCCAGUCCCUUCAUCUUCACAAAGAUCAACAGCUUAGGUCCAUCUCCACCCACAGACACCACCAGCACCACCACUGUGAUGACCAGUCCAGCCACCACCAGCAGCAUCAGCACAAGUUCCAGCGUUGUGCCCCAGAGUCCCACAUCUGUGCCAGUCUGGGUGCCAGUAAUUGUGGGAAUUGUGUGUUUACUGGCUGGUAUUUUAGUCACCUGGUUCAUUCUGUCCUACCUUCAACAAAAGAAAUACAAAAAGGGGAAAGACGGAGUGGGGAUGAAAGGAACUGGGUUUUGAACGUAGUUUAAUAGUCCUUAUAGCAGAAAUACGACUCAUCUGAAUGUAUAUUAGUUCACCUGUUCCCCAUCAAAAACACCAGAUUCUGCAUAUUUUGUUGAUCCUUUUUCAUGUCUUUAAGUUUGUCUGAACCUGCAUAAACAAAAGCUGCAUACAGCAAAAUACUGGAAUUUGUAUUGCCAUACAUUGAAAAUGUUUCUUAAUAUUGCUACAAAGUUUAAAAAAUGUAAUUUUUUUGUAAUGGAAGGAAACUGUAUGUUGUUUGUGUCUUUGAUUGCGAUACAUUUACGUAGUUGUUUUGUAUACAUCUGUUCUAAUUUUGUAUUUAUUGAUGCUUUGAGCUGGAAUAAAGGCAACUCGACACAAUUUCUUCCUCGUUAAAAGGAAAUAAUUUCCCCUUUAUUUAAGAUCUUGGGAUUACGUAACUUG